AUGCGGCCGUCCCGCCGCGCCGCGGCCGCGCCGAGCCCCGCCCGCGGGGAGGGCGGCAGUGUGGCGGGGCUGUUGCUCCCCGGAGUGCUCGCCUGCCUCGCGUGGCUCUGCGGGGCCCGGGGCCCGCCGGAGCCGUUCUGCCCCGCCGUGCUGGGCCCGAACGCGUCGCGCCUGGAGCGGAGCUGCGACAGGGAGCAGCGGGCGGCUGCCGGCAUCGGCGCGUGGGGCCUGAGCUCGGGGAGCCUGCUGGAUUCUUUCCCAAUUGAUCCAAUCCAAGAAAAUUAUGUCCGUAAUGUGAGAAACUGCAUUUUUUCCGUUGUCUAUCCCACACCUUUUAAAUCCAGAGUUCUUCUUGUGGCUGUUUCAGAGGAAGUUAUUGAAGAUAUUUUGGAUCUUCAUAUAUCUGUCAAAGAAACCUCUGAUUUUCUUCAGUUUGUCAGCGGUGAGAAAGUGUUACAUGGGUCUGUUCCUUUGGCCCAUAGAUAUGGAGGCCAUCAGUUUGGCAGCUGGGCAGGUCAGCUGGGGGAUGGAAGAGCCCACUUGGUCGGAGUGUACACAAACAGGCGUGGUGAAAGGUGGGAACUGCAGUUGAAGGGCUCAGGAAAGACCCCAUACUCCCGGAAUGGUGAUGGAAGAGCUGUGCUUCGCUCUUCUGUGCGGGAAUUUCUGUGUAGUGAGGCUAUGCAUUAUCUUGGAAUUCCAACAAGCAGAGCUGCUAGCUUAGUUGUAAGUGAUGACGAUGUGUGGAGAGACCAAUUUUACAAUGGAAAUAUUAAGAAAGAGAGAGGUGCAGUAGUGCUCCGUCUUGCCAAAUCGUGGUUUCGUAUAGGAUCCUUAGAAAUCUUGGCUCAUUCUGGGGAACUGGAUUUACUAAGGAAGUUGCUGGACUUCAUCAUCCAGGAACAUUUUCCAUCAAUAGUCCCCAACAAUUCAGACAGGUAUCUGGAAUUUUUCUCUACAGUCGUAUCAGAGACAGCAAAUGUGAUUGCAUUGUGGAUGUCUGUGGGUUUUGCACAUGGUGUGUGCAAUACAGAUAACUUCAGUCUGUUAUCCAUAACAAUAGAUUAUGGUCCAUUUGGAUUUAUGGACUCCUAUGACCCAAAUUUUGUUCCAAACACAUCCGAUGAUGAAGGGAGGUAUAAGAUAGGAAACCAGGCAAAUGUUGGGCUGUUUAAUCUGAACAAGCUGUUACAAGCACUGAAGCCUUUAUUGGAUCCCAGGCAAAAACAGCUAGCUUCCCAGAUUUUGGAAGAGUAUGGCCAAACCUAUAAUGCCCGUUUUACAGAAUUGUUCAAGAGAAAACUGGGGCUUCUUGGGGACAGUGAGGAUGAUAACUAUUUGAUUGCUUUUCUUCUAAAACUCAUGGAAGAUACAAAGGCUGAUUUCACAAUGACAUUUCGACAGCUCAGUGAAAUUACUGCAGACCAAUUAAAGGAGCUCCAUAUUCCUGAGGAGUUCUGGGCCCUGCAGGAUCUGGGAAAACACGAGUUAUUUUCAGAAUGGGUUGCUAUGUACCUCUCACGGUUAGAUGGUAACAAGGGUGAUUCAGACAUCAAGAGAAGAAGAAGAAUGACAACUGUUAAUCCUAGAUACGUGCUUAGGAAUUGGAUGGCAGAAUCAGCAGUGCAGAAAGCUAACCUGAAUGAUUUUUCAGAGGCUCAGCUCCUGCAGCAGGUCUUACAGCGUCCCUUCCAGAGGCAGCAGGCUGCAGAGAAGGCAGGCUAUGCCCUGCGCCCGCCCGCUUGGGCCAGGGGUCUUAAAGUGAGCUGCUCGUCCUGAGGGAAGCUUGAACAAGGAGAACUGUCGGACUUCAGACCUUCUGAUGGGAGCGAGGAAGCCGCACUCCCUCGUGCAUUGUGGACUGGAAUCUGCUGCUCUGCUAGACAACUUCUUGACCAACUUUAUAAAGUCUAAAGAUUAAAGAAA